AAAAAGAAUAAAUAAAAACACCUUUUGAAAUUGAAAUAACGGUAAUUUAUGCAUUGUCGUUUCUUAGCUAACUAUUUCAGAUGUGUGUGUGCUAGCAGCUAAGAAUGCAACGUAGCAGCUUAUAUUUCCCUUUUCUGUUAUUAUUGAUUUAUUUGAGCUAUAUCGAAAAAAUCACUGCUAUUGACGAUGAAGAUCAUGAAGUAGAACAUGCUGUUCUGGCUGCUCAUGAGUUUGGAGAACUUGAUAUAUGCAUGGAACCUCCGCCCCCCAUGAAUGGCGCAUUAUCUUGCUCGAAACACAACACAAAAGCAGACAGAUAUGUAUGCAGAGCAAAAUGCAAUGCUGGGUUUCAGUUUCCAAAUGGCAAGUUGAAAGCCAGACAUUUAUGUGAUUUGAAAACUGGAAAAUGGGCCCCUGUUUAUGCUUUUCCUGAUUGCAUCCAUAUUUGCAAUCCAACCUGCGAAAAUGAGGGUCAGUGUACUGAAGGAAAUCAUUGUGUUUGCAUUCCUCAAUAUCGUGGAGAUAGAUGUCAGUACAAUAAAGCCUGGUGUGAUCCCGAACAAUAUUUUCAUUCAUCUGGCCAAUGGGCAUGCAAUAACACGGAUACAGAAACAACUUGUGUUUUGACCUGUCCUCUGGGAACAAAACUUGAAACUAAACCAGCGGAUUCCUACGUUUGUGAUGUAAAUGGCUCGUGGAGUACAAGCUUUGCACCUCAAUGCAUUCCGAUAAACAUCAUUGAACCCCCUGCACCACAGAGCCUUUAUCCACUAUCCUAUGUACACAAACAACCAGGACAACCAAGCAGUGGUGCCUGCGCAACAUGGAGUGCCCAACAUUAUCGAACAUUCGACGGGGGCAUCUACAGCAUCGAAGGUGGCUCCUGCUCUUACCUCUUAGCCAAAGACUGCCAACAGAACACCUUUUCUAUCCUCAUUCAAAACUCCGUCUCUUGUGAUGCGGUCACUUCAUGCCCUACUACCAUAACCAUCUAUUCGGGAUCUGAAGAAUAUUUAAUUUCGAAUGAUGAAGUCGGUCCCAUAGUGGACAGUGGUGGGGAAAAAUACAAUAUUCCUGUUGUGAUCAAUGGAAUCAUCUUCCAAAUGCUUUCGGAUUACGUGACAGUGAAAAGUGCUCUCGGAUUCAGACUAAAAUGGAACAGAAAAAAUACUAUUGUUUUAAAUGUAUCUCCUCAACUGAUGAAUAAGACAUGCGGCCUAUGUGGUAAAUUUGAUGGCUCAAGUCUGAAUGAUUUAGAAACGUCUGAUGGCAGCUUGACAGAUAAUGUAGAGGAAUUCGUCAACAGUUGGUCGAUGGAACUACUUGGAGAAAAAUGUGAGCAAAGAGCAGCUGUGAGAGAUUCGUGUUUACAAGACACUGACAGAAUAGAAGAUGCUAAAAAAGAAUGUCAAGCUAUAUUUAGUGAUAAAUAUACUUCUUGUCAUGCAAUAGUUGAUCCAAAACCGUACUUCAAAACGUGUAAAGCCGAUUAUUGCAAAUGUGAUGGGUGCCAGUGUAGUACAUUUGCUGAAUACUUUCGAGAAUGUUCUAGACUGGGAGGAAAAGUUGAAGGAGGCUGGAGAAGUGAUCAGCUGUGUCCAUUGUCAUGCCCAAAUGGAAUGGUUUAUAAUGAUUGUGGUACGUCUUGUCCGAAAACUUGCAAAGGAACUGUCUAUGAUUGUGAAGAUGAGCAUUGUAUAGAUGGCUGCCAUUGUCCCACCAAUAUGUUGUUUCACAAAGGAGAGUGUAUCGAAAAGACCGAUUGUCCCUGCCUCCAUAACGAUAAGGAACAGCAACCAGGAUCCAAAGUGUUACAAGAAUGCAAUGCAUGUGAAUGCAGAGGAGGCCAAUGGGAAUGCACCACAGAAACAUGUGAUGCCAGAUGUUCAUCAACUGGUGAUCCCCAUUAUACUACAUUUGAUGGAUUGAGCUAUGAACAUCUUGGAAGCUGUGCAUACUACUUGAUAUUUCAUGAAAAUUUCACCAUCAUUCAAGAUAACGGGCCGUGCGAUCAACUCGAUUCCACAAAGUUUUGCACUCAGGGCAUUAGAAUCGAAAGCGCUGAGGGUACCUUGCUGCUCCAGCCAGGAAUAAAGGUUACUUUUAAUGAAAAAGAAAAUGAACUUCCAUUGAUCAGACCAGGCAUCAGUGUAACAAUGGCGACUGAUUUAUUUCUCAAGGUAACUUUGCUAAACACUGUGUCUUUGCUGUGGGAUGGUCAUAAUCGAAUCUAUAUCGAUGCUUCGCCAUCACUGUUUGACCAGACAAUGGGUCUGUGUGGCACCUUCAAUAAAAAUCAAAAUGAUGAUUUUUUGACCCCAGAAGGAGAUGUGGAAGCAGACAUUGAAGCUUUUACCGCCAGGUGGCAGGCCUCAGACUCUUGUAGCAAGAGGGGGCGGCGUUCACAAAGAAGUGCUUGUGAAUUACAGCCUCAAAAAAUCGCAGAUGUAGAGUUUCUUUGUUCUGUUUUGAAUAGUCAUACUUUCCAAGGUUGUCAUGGUGAUGUUGAUCCCUAUCCAUUUUUCAGAGGAUGUAUCAAUGACUUGUGCAUGUGUGGUGAAAAGUUGGAGACUUGUCUCUGCCCUAUAAUCUCUGAUUAUAGCAUGGCAUGUUCAAAGAAAGGUGUCAUAAUUAACUGGAUAGAUGAACUGCCUGUUUGUAAGGUGGAAUGCCCCAGCGGACAAGAGUACACAGAAUGCGGUAAUCCGUGCACAUCUACAUGCUCAGCAAUAGCCUCAGGGGAUGAUCAGUGCAAGGCAGAAUGCGUUCAAGGAUGUGCCUGCACAGGAGGAAAGAGUCUGAACAAUGAGGGUGUCUGUGUUGCUCAAUGCCCUUGCUUUCACAAUGAGAAAGAAUAUAUGCCCUCAGAAAUCACAAUCCAAGGCUCUAAGACAUGUGAAUGUGUAAAUGGCAGGUGGCAUUGUCGAUUAGCUACUUUUGAAGAAUUAGUGACUCCAGAUGCAAAUAAAUGUCUUGAUGAAAACAAUGAAGAGUUUACUGAUUGUGUGGAUGCCUGUCCUCAAACGUGCCAAAACAAGCAUUUACUUCAUAUAUGUAAAACAGAGGAAUGCUCUCCCGGUUGCAGGUGUAAGGAAGGAUUUAUCCUGGAUUCUGAUCUGAAGAAGUGCGUAGACGUUAGCCAAUGCCCUUGCAUGCAUGCCAAUAAAAAAUAUCAAGAAGGUGACAUUAUUCACCAAGAUUGCAACUUAUGGAAGACUGAAGCAGAGAAGAUAACAUUUACAAAAGAUGAACCCAUGCCUAAAACAAGUCUCUCUUCACGAUUUGUUGUCUUUGAAUCGGGCCUGUUUGUUAUGAUUUACACCGACAUUGGUGUCACUAUCAGGUGGAACAAGGGAACGCUCAUCUAUGUCACUUUGGAUCCAAAAUGGAGGAACAGGGUGCAAGGCCUUUGUGGAAAUUUUAAUGAUGAUCAAUUAGAUGACUUUUGCACUCCCUCUGGCAAUUUGCCAGAAGUAAAUGCCUCAAUAUUUGCUGACAGUUGGAAAAUUCACGAAUUCUGUCCCAAACCGCACACUUUCGAGGAUAUGUGUUCUAUUCACCCUCACAGGAAAAGCUGGGCUCAACACAAGUGCGGAGUGUUGAAAUCGGAAUUGUUUUCACCUUGUCGAGCUGUUGUGAAUGUGGAGCCAUUUUAUGAAAGGUGUGUAUUCGAUACAUGUGCUUGUGAUGUUGGAGGUGACUGUGAUUGCCUAUGUACUGCUAUUGCCGCAUAUGCACAAGAAUGCAGUAUGCAUGGAGAGCCUAUUAAAUGGAGGUCUCAAGACCUUUGCCCUAUUCAGUGUGAGGAAUGUUCUGUGUACGACAGCUGCAUACCUCCCUGUCCGAAGAAAACCUGUGAAAACCAACUGAGGUACGACAAGAUUCAAACAUCUGCGUGUUCUACAGAUUUUUGUGCGGAAGGUUGCCAUCCGAAACCUUGUCCUGAAGGUCAGAUCUAUAAUAACGAGAAAGAAUACAAAUGUAUACCGAAGGAGGAGUGUGUAGUACCAUGUCUUGAGGUAAAUGGAGUUCUUUACAAUGAAGGAGAGAGAAUAAAUGAUGUUGAAGUAGCAGAUCCCUGCCAAUCUUGCCAUUGUCAACACCGAGCCAUAACCUGUUCCGGAACACCGUGCGUUAAGAAUGAACCUUACAGGGAAUGCAUAAAAACUGGAUGGACAGAUUGGAUGAACACACCAAGUUUUGUUGGUGGAGAUUACGAGAAACUCAGUAACCCAUUAUUAAAAAAAAUGUAUGAAAACUUUUGUGGCGUUACCAAUAUGACUGCUAUUGAAUGCCGUGUGGCCAGUACCAAAAUUCCUCACGAAGAGAGUGGACAAAAUGUCUUGUGCCAGUUACCACAUGGACUAUUAUGUUUAGACAGCAAUCAAAAGCGUAGAAUUUGCGAAGACUAUGAAAUUAGAGUAUUUUGUGAUUGUGGGCCACCACCAACACCAGAAACUGAGCCACCCUUAGCAGCUGUUUGCGAGAGUACAGGGUGGACUCCCUGGAUGAGCAGUCAUUGGCCGAAUGUGGAAGGAGAGUCCGAAACUUUAGAGAGAUUAAGAUACAAUCAUGAAUUUUGUGCAGAGGAAGAAAUUGAAAAUAUAGAAUGUCGUGAAACAUUGUCAUGGAGGUAUUCAUCAGAAGAGGAAGUUGUUUGCAACAAGAAAAUAGGUCUCGUCUGCAAAGGUCCCCGCUGUCCUGAUUAUGAAGUGAGAGUGUUUUGCAACUGCAAGAAAGAAGCUAUAGAAACUACACCAACUGUAGCAAGAGGUUGCGUGAGUGGCUGGACGGAGUAUUUCAAUAUUGAUCAUCCAGAUCGAAGUGAUAUGGGUGAUGAUGAAAGCCUUAAUGAAAUUCAAAAAUUUCAUGAGUUCUGCGUAGGGGGAACACUUAAAGAUAUUGAAUGCAAAACACUGCAGAAUGGAGAACUCCUAGAUUAUGCAUCUCUAAAGAACGCAUUUGGUCUCAAAUGUUCUCUCAAGGAAGGAUUUUUGUGCAAUAAAUACACACGUCCGGAACCCUGUGAGGAUUUUAUGGUGCGUUUUCUUUGCGAAUGUGAAAGGGAAGCCAGGAUUUUAACUCCAGUACCGCCAACUCCAGUUCCAGUUGAAUGUGGCUGGACUCCUUGGUUAAACAUCGAUACACCAGAUGAUGGAGAGGGGGAUACGGAAGACAUAUCGGCAAUACAAACAUUGUAUAGAACGUGCGGCGGAAAGGAUCUCAUUGACAUUGAAUGCAGAGUGUCACAAAAUCUGUCUCUACAAAACAAUAUAGUAUGCGACACAGUCCAUGGAUUGCACUGUAAGAAUGAUGACCAAAUUGAAAAAUGCUACGACUAUGAAGUCCGUUUGCUGUGCAUGUAUGAUUGGUGCUAUCCUCCGACUACAACGCCGACACCAACAACUACUGAAAGUCCUUGUGCACCUGGUUUUGUGUAUGAUGAAUGUGCCUAUAACUGCAGUCAGAUGUGUUCUCCAUUUGUGAAGGAGUUGACAGAAAAAUGCAUUGUGAGGGAUUGCAUCGAAGGCUGUAGGCCUGCAAAAGGCUGUCAAUUACCCAAUGUUUGGAGAGAUUUCCACACAUGUGUCAAUAAAGAGGAGUGUACUUGUGUGCUCGACAAUGAAGAAAUUCUAGGACCUAAUCAAGUGGUUGAGAAAGAUUGUGAAAAAUGUCAGUGUGUUCAUGAUAAUAUCCACUGCUAUAAAAUACCAGGAUGUGGGGAAACCAUACCACCACAAUAUUUGAUAAGGAAUAUUACCCAGGAAGAUUGCUGGACGGAAUGGAUUAGUAUAGAUGAACCGUCAUCUGAGGGUGGAGACUUGGAAGCAAUGAGCAAACUAAGAAAAAAAUUUGAAUUUUGUUUCAACCCCAUCAAGAUAGAAUGCAGAACAAUUUCAAUGAUUAGGAAUAUUACUCAAGAAGAUUGCUGGACGGAAUGGAUUAGUAUAGAUGAACCCUCAUCUGAGGGUGGAGACUUGGAAGCAAUGAGCAAACUAAGAAAAAAAUUUGAAUUUUGUUUUAACCCGAUCAAGAUAGAAUGCAGAACAAUUUCAAGUAAGCAAAAGCCAUAUGAUGUUGGGCAAAUCGUUACUUGCAAUUUGGAAAAGGGUCUGUUGUGCUGGAAUAAUGAUAAUAUGCCUGAAGGAUGUUAUGAUUAUGAAAUACGCUUCUACUGUCCAUGUUCAACAACACCAGUGCCCACAACUACCACCACAACUCCUGCACCCACUUUAGAACCUGGAGCUUGCAUUUAUGGUUGGACUGACUGGAUCAACAAUCACUCUCCUAAUAAUCGAGGGGACUUUGAGAGCAUCCAGAAAUCAAGAAUUAGUCAUGUAUUUUGUGCCAAUGACAUGAUAACGGGAAUAGAGUGCCGUCGUGUGGGUGAUAGGAACAGUGGCUCUUACCAGCGCACGGUCACUUGCGAUUUGCAUACUGGAUUGGUAUGCGUUCAAGAGAGACUUAAUUUGGAGGAGGAGUGCUGGGAUUAUGAAGUGAGAUUCUUCUGUGAUUGCCCAACAGUAGCACCCAUUACCGAAACAGUUCCACCCACAACAAGACCGGUUCAUGAACCAUGUGCAUACUGGUCUAAAUGGAUCAAUGAGCAUCAUCCUUCGACAACAAAAGCAACAACAAAAGGAGGAGGGAAAAGGAAAGGAGAUACUGAAAAAGCAAUGCUUCUAAAAUUACAGAGAGAAUACCAGUUCUGUUUGGAAGGUUAUUUGUCUAACAUUGAAUGCAGAGAGGCUUCAACUGACCUCCUUUAUACUGAAACUGGUGACAAAAGCUUGCAAUGUUCUCUCUACGGGGGUUUCCGCUGCCGAGCAAAAGAUCAAGAAAAUGGCAUCUGUAAAGAUUACAAAAUACGAUAUUAUUGCAGCUGCGAAGAACAAACAACUACAACUCCAAUCAAAAUAGUUACUCCAACUGUAUAUGUCAAACCUUGUACAGAAUUUUACAAUAUUGUGGAUGGUCCACUUCCACUGCCUGAUAGCAGUAUAAAAGCUUCAAGUAGCAAAGAUACUGAUAGUGGACCACAAAGUGCACGUUUAUCUUCUAAAGUUAGCAGCAAAUCAGCUGGUGCUUGGAUUGCUGGAGAUUUGAAUGAACAGCAAUUUAUCGAAAUUGAUUUGAUCAAAAUUCAGCCAGUAUAUGGUGUAGUCACAAAAGGUCGAAAUGGAUUUGAUGAAUGGGUCAAAACUUACAAAGUGCUGUAUAGUCGGGAUGGUGUGGCCUAUGCUUACGUGACUGACCCAUCUGAUAUAGACAAUAAAGAUAAGAUCUUUAUAGGAAACUUUGACAGUGAUACUCCUAUUCAGCAUAUAUUUCAAAUACCUUUUGAAGCUAGGUUUGUGCGUAUCCAGCCUCUUGGUUUCCAUCGGGAUAUAGCCAUGAGAGUAGAUGUUCUGGCCUGUGCUGAAGGAUUGACUCUUCCAACAACAACAGUUGCUGCUCCAAUAUGUGUUGACGAUAUGGGUCUUUACAAUGGAUCUAUUCAAGAUUUCCAAAUUAUUACUUCAAGCAAUAUUUAUCCAAAUGCCAGUGGUAAAUACAUUCGUUUGAAUAAUCCUCAAACUGAUGUGAGUGUUGGUGGCUGGGUAGCUGCCGAUGCUGAUCAGAAUCAGUUUGUUCAGAUCAAUUUUGUGGAGCCCCGCAAUUUAACUGGAGUGAAAAUUCAAGGAAGAGAUCAGGUGCCUGAAUGGGUUACAGCUUUUACAGUCAGUUACAGUUUGAAUGGAAAGAUUUGGAAUAAUGUAAUAGACUCCAACAGUGACGUUUUGGUAAUUAUUGUUUUAUUUAUAACUUAG